AUGUGCAACUUAGAAGUAGUAAUGGACUCAAGCGUUCAGCCGGAACCUGACGUUGCUGCAGCAGAUAUGAGCUCUGUCAGCGCCAUGGCCGCCAACCAUCACGUCACAUCUGUAGCCAGCACAGAUAGCAGGCUGCCGGCAGCAGCCGUGAACGGAGACGGCCACAAGUGGCUCAAGUACGGCAUGAAAGACAUCGGGAACCACGUCAGGUGCUACUACAGAUGCGCCUGGUACAAGAGCCCAAACGCCUGCCCUGCCAGGAAAACCGUCAACUACGGCCCUGCACACACUAAUACAAGCCGCACCACUAGCAGUGCCCACCUCCCAUCCACCAAAGUCGAUGGGUUCGACAACUGCAGCGGAACGCUCGACGCUAUAGUAGCAUCUGCUGAAAGACCAUUACCAGCCGACACCGCCAGCAGCACUCCAGUCUGCCACUCAGACCCAGUCUGCCGCCCAGACACAGUCCGCCACUCAGUCUCAACCUGCCAGGGGAUUACAGUCUUCACAGUUUACCACCAUGACCACAACCACCAGGAGCGGGGGCCUCCCCCACGCCGACACAAGCGGCAAGCAGCGCGGGUUGAGAAGGCGGCAGCAGCAGCAGCAGCAACAGCAGGCACAGAAGCAACAGAAGCAGCGGCCAUAAAGCUGGGCAAAGCCAGGACACUUCCUCCAAGGCUCGCGAAGAUUCUUGCCGAGGCCCAGGAGGAGGCUGCUUCACAUGACUUGAGUGAUACUGAGGAGGAGGCUGCUUCACAUGACCCGUCACACACCCCUCCGCACACCUCUGCAAGUCCUCCUCUGCGUGCACCUGCGGGCGCCCUUCCACACCCUUCUAUGGUCACCCCUCUGCACACCUCUCUUCACAUCCAUCCACACACCCCUCUGCACACCUCUCUUCACAUCCAUCCACACACCCCUCUGCACACCUCUCUGCACGUCCAUUCACAGACAUCUCUGGACGCCCAUCCACACAUUCCUCUGCACACCUCUCUGGACGCCCAUCCACACAUUCCUCUGCACACCUCUCUGCACGCCCAUCCACACAUUCCUCUGCACACCUCUCUGCACGUCCCUCUGCAAACCCCUCUGCACACCUCUGCGCACACCCCUCCACAUGGCCCUCCGCUCGCCUCUCCUCUCGUCCUGCCGAGUGUGAACAGUUGGGAUCUCCGCAUCUCGCUCCCCUCCAGGCGUAUCAACGUAGCCGAGCAGCAAUUGCUACCAGCAGGGCCGUGUGUGGCUGCAGAUGCUGCACCGUCAACAGAACAGCGGGAGGCUGAACACCGGGGGCAGGCAGAUAAGCCGCAGCUGCUGGUUAUGCCGUCACCGGUAGACACUGUUUUGGCCCUUGCAAGACGCUGUCAGAGAAGCAGUAGCAGUGACGGUUCAUUGCCACACCACGAGCAGCAGCAGCAGCAGCAGCAGCAGGUGCACCACCCUGUAUUUGAUGUGCUCGGUGGAGGCAACAGCAUGAGUGUUCAGGACUUCAUAGAGUGA